AGUGCGCACGCGCGAGCCUGCUGAUUAAAGACGCCGCUGUCAGAGCCGAGGCCUAAAGCCGCCAGCGCCAGCCCGUGGACAAGACAUCUCCAGGUAUGUUUGUGGACACGUGAUUGUAACUAGGGUUACCACUGGACUGGAGCUUUAACCGGCAAACUUCCAUCAGUUUGGGACUACUGCACAAAGCCCACUCCAAUUUUUAUACAUGAUCACUCUGACAGAGCUUGCCACUCUCUCGGAGAGUCAGCCCACUCAUCGACUCCUCAAACCCUGGUGGGAUGUUCUGAUGGACUACUUUGUGGUGAUUAUGUUGAUGGUGUCCCUCUUGUCGGCCACCUUGCUCAUUUCCAACGACAAAGUUGCGUGUUUACCUUGCAACAACGUGCACAGUCUGAACACCUCGUCGAGGUGCAACCCACCUAAACCACCAUCACUGCCUCGCAAGCUGGAAUCCUCCACAGAGAGGGCGCAUGUCGACCAAAGCAGUCCCAGUUCCUCAGGAAGAGCUGGAGAAUCUUUGGGUGACAACCAAGUCAAACCAUCAUCUCCAACUCAGGAACGAAGAGUAGGAGGUCAUAAAACAAACUUGGAUUACCAGCAGUAUGUUUACAUCAGUCAGGUUUGUUACCAAAAGGCCUUGCCGUGGUAUUCCAAGUACUUUCCUUACGUGGCCCUGGUCCACUCCAUUAUCCUGAUGGUCAGUGGGAAUUUCUGGUUCAAGUUCCCCAAAACAUCCUCCAAGGUGGAACAUUUUGUCUCCAUUCUGGGCAAGUGUUUUGAGUCGCCUUGGACCACCAAAGCAGUUUCUGAAACCGCCAACGAAGACUCUGAAAACAGCCAGCAUCGGACUAAAAUGUUCAAGUCGGUGACCCUGGAGCCCAAUGAGAACUCUGAUACCUGCUCCUCACUCACCUCCUGCCCCGAAGUGACCUUUGAGCCACCUGUCACCGGCUCGCCGUCGAUGAACAUCCUGGAUAAGCAGGAUGGCGAGCAGGCCAAGGCUCUCUUUGAGAAGGUCCGCAGGUUCCGUGCCCACACCGAGGAUGGAGACCUGAUCUACAAGUUCUACGUUGGUCAGGCAAUUGUAAAGGCUUUAAAAUUCAUGAUCAUCCUGAGCUACACAUUUACCUUUGUCAACUCCAUCACUUUCGAACACAUCUGCAAGCCCAAGAUAAAAAAUGUGACUGGCUAUGCUGUUUUCCUCUGCACUCAUAGUAUGGCACACAUGCUGCAGAAGCUCCUCAUCACCUACAUUGUUCUCAUUGUGCUCUACGGAUUGGUGUGUCUCUACACACUGUACUGGCUGUUCCGAGGCUCUCUGAAAGAAUAUUCCUUUGAGAAGGUUCGCGAGGAGAGCAACUUCAGUGACAUUCCCGAUGUGAAGAACGACUUUGCCUUUUUAUUGCACAUGGUGGACCAAUAUGACCAGCUCUACUCCAAGAGGUUUGCCAUUUUCCUGUCCGAAGGUUGCGAGAACAAACUGCUGGAGAUGAACCUGAACCACGAGUGGACCUACGAGAAGCUGAGGCAGCACGUGUCCAAAAACAGCCAAGGGAAGCUCGAACUGCAGCUCUUCAUGUUGUCUGGAAUCCCAAAGGCCGUCUUUGACAUGAGCGACCUGGAGGUGCUGAAGCUGGAGCUGGUUCCUGAUGUCAAGCUGCCGGCUAAAAUGUCCCAGAUGGCAGCUCUGAAGGAGCUCUAUCUUUACCAUUGCCCUGCAAAGGUCGAUCAGAUUGCCUUCAACUUCCUCAGAGAUCACCUUCACAUCUUGCAUGUCAAAUUCACAGAUAUUGGCGAGAUCCCUCUGUGGGUGUACUCACUCAAAAACUUGGUGGAGUUGCACCUUUCUGGCAAUUUGAAUUCCGAAACCAACAAGGCCAUUGGACUGGAGUCCCUGAAGGAGCUCAGGCAUCUCAAAAUACUUAUCCUGAAGAGCAAUCUCUCGAAAAUCCCCUCCAAUGUCAUGGAACUUGCCACUCACUUGUCCAGGUUGGUCAUUCAGAAUGACGGCACAAAGUUACUGGUGCUCAAUAAUCUGAAGAAGUUAGCCAUGCUCUCUGAGCUGGAGCUGCAGAACUGUGAGCUUGAGAGAAUCCCACAUGCAAUAUUCAGCCUUGCAAACCUACAGAAAAUAGACCUGAAGUCCAACAACAUUCAAACCAUUGAGGAGAUUGUCAGUUUCCAGCACCUCAAGAGGCUGUCAUGCCUCAAACUUUGGCACAACUCCAUUCUUUCCAUCCCAACGACCAUCAGUCUUAUCAAAAACCUGGAGCAGCUUUUCCUGAACAACAACAAACUGGAGUCCUUGCCCAGUGCUUUGUUCACCCUUAGAAAGCUGAGGCACUUGGACUUAAGCCACAAUCUGCUCACAAUUGUCCCGCCAGACUUUCAGUUACUCCAGAACCUGCAGCAUUUCUCCAUCACCAAAAACAAGGUGGAGAUCCUGUCUAUUCAACUCUUCCAGUGCCUAAAGCUGAAGACUUUACAUCUGGGGCAAAACUGCAUCACUUGCAUCCCCCCUGAGAUUGGACAGUUGACACAACUCACUUACCUGGAGCUGAAAGGGAACCACUUGGAGAGACUUCCUGCUGAGAUUGGCCACUGCUUAUUACUGAAGAAGACAAAUCUCAUUGUUGAGGAUAUCUUGUUUGAUCGUCUCCCCCCGGAUGUGAAAGAUAAUCUCGCUGAACAAGACUUUAUAUCUGUUGUUUAAUUUAUCUCCCCGUCCUUGUUGUGGGGGAAUUUCUAUCCUUGAAUCAAUUGCUAAGUGGAAGAUUUUGUAACUUGUUUAAAAUUCACUAGAAAGAGUGUCCCAGAGUAAAAAGCUCCGCUGGUUUGGAAAAGAAACCUUGCAAAUUCCAGGGACCAAAAUAUAUUACAGAUGCUGGAAAUCUGAAAUAAAACGCUGGAAAUAGACUGGAACCCUGCAGGGUCAUUGACAUUGUUUCUCUCUCCUCAGUUGCUCUCUGAUCUGAUAUGUCCGUUUGACAUUUUUUGGGUUAUUAUUCAUUCUGUUAUUUAAAUGUUUCAAAGCUAAAACUUUGUAAAGGCCACUGGUUUAUGUGCAAAACGAAGUAUCAACUGUGAGGUCUGGGGUGAUGUAUAGCAUCGGUACAGGGCCAACAGUCUGCGUGUUUGGCCUCAAGAAGCACAUAUCUGUGGGUGGGGGGUGGGGGGGCGUGGGAAGAGGGGUUCUGCUUUAUCCACCAGAGUAAGGGAAAAUCUAAUUACCUCCGUUCAAAGUGGCAAUAGAUAGAGAGAAGGGGGAAAUGCACAAUGUACAAGUAAGAAAUCUGAAGAAGGGUUUCAGCCCGAAACGUUGCCCAUUUCCUUCGCUCCAUAGAUGCUGCUGCAUCCGCUGAGUGUAACAUGAGGAAUAGUCUGUCCUCACAGGAUGACUGCAAUUGAUUAAAACGUUUCAAAAAGCGGACUAUAUCAGGAAAUACAAAUAGAAAAUGCUAGAAAUGUGCACACAUGUACUUAUAGUCACACACACGUGUGCAAGCAUAGCUAUGUCUUAAUAUCAGUGGCAUUUGUGGAGAGGGAAACACAGAAUUACUGUUCCAGGGUGAUGGCUCCCAAGAGGUCAUCUUUACAAAUUCUUAAUCAUUUCCAUCUCUGCAGAUCAUCCUUGGCUUAAUAUUUCCAGCAUUUUGUUUUUAUUUCCGGUUUCCAAUAUCUGUGGUAUUUCCUUUUCUGAACCAUGCUGUCUGCUUCUCCAUUAUGUGCACCUUCCCUGUGUUUUGCUCUCACUUUUUCCACAUCCUCUGUUCUGCAUGGUGUCUCUUGCUUUCCCUGGUCUACACUUACACGUGCACUGUUCUUUCACUCCUGUACUCCCUUUCGCACUCUCACCAUUUUGUGACCUGUAACACAAACCUUCAGAAAAGUAUUUAAUAUUGAAAACCAGAAACUGCUGACAAGACCCUACUUGCAGGGAAAGAAUGAGCAAACUGUUGUGUAUUGGCGUAAUCCUCUUAUCAGAACUGGAAGGUAUUUGAAGGGUAAUAGACCACUCUAAAGAAAAAUAAUGUACAGAUUGAACUUGCCUUCUUUCAACUUGCAGUAGUUUGUUUAAUGUCUCCCUUCAGGGUCAGGGGAGCUGUUUCAUUGCUGCAGAACACACAUGAUUUUUGAUUCAUCUAGAGGGGAAUGGUUGUUGUAUUGCACCCUUUCAUUGUUUCAAAAUAGUUUUUCGGUGAACACUUUUAUGAAGAUGUGUGGGAAGGAACUGCAGAUGCUGGUUUAAACCGAAGAUUGACCUAAAAAGCUGGAGUACCUUUCUCCCCAGCAUCUUUGGAGAGAAGGAAUGGGUGAUGUUUUGGAUCGAGAAGGGACUCGACCCAAAACCUCACCCAUUCCUUCUCUCCAUAGAUGCUACCUGCUGAGUUACUCCAGCUUUUUGUGUCUACUUUCAUGAUGAAGCCGAUCCUUUAAGUUCGAAAGAGUCAUUGGCAGAUGAGUAUUGUACAGAUACUAUUUGAAUGAAAUAAUUGAGAUUGGUCAUCUAAUUAUGAUGGUCUGUCUUUGCGACAAAACUCUGAUUAAACUAAUUAAGCAAAAAUUCAUCAAUGGAAUGGAACAAAUGUACAACAAAUAGUACAGGGCUGGACGAGCUAUUCUAAUUAUGUUCUAGGGUAACAUGAGAUCAAUGAUGAUGGAGGCAAUCUUUCGAUAAUUUCAAGCACAGCGUUUAAAGUUGAGAGAUUCUCUGAAUCAGUUUGAGAUUGAAGACCAAAUGAAGUUAUCUGGCUUUCAAUCUUUUUAUUUGCAACUAAUCACGCUGAGACCUACCAUAAACAAAGAUCAGGGGAAGAAUCUGUUUCACCAGCAGACCUGCUGUGGCCAGGGUAUUUGUCUCAUCAUUGGUAGAUUUUUAAAUGCUCAUCAUCUGUAUGUGAUUUUUAUCUGGAAAUAAAUUUGAAGUAGAAUUUAACC